AUGCGUAUUAUAACAGCGAGUUUUGGUAUACAAACUUCGUCCUCUGGUAUUGGUGGGCAAAGAAACGAGUUCAUAGAACAGCGGCCUAUCCGGACUGUUUUCCGCCACAUUAGGCAAGAUACUCGAGGAGCUCGGGAUUCUGUGAACGACAACAAAGUGGCGUUCAUGGUUAUGGUUAUAGGUGCCCAAAUAUUCUAUGAACUUUUAAGAUCGGGUCAAAUUAGAUUUCCCGGAACAGACAUUGUUUUUCAAAAUACUGUGUUUGGGUUUGUUGCUACUGGAAGUGUUCCAAUAGAAAAUGAAACUGCUGUUCAUUGUGGGUUGGUAAUAGAAGAUUUGGAUGCAAAUUUAAGGAAAUUUUGGGAAAUUGAAGAUGUUGAGGGGGAUAAAUUACGAAAUGAUGAGAGUUUAAUAUGUGAAGAUCAUUUCAUGAAAACACAUUUCAGAAAUGACGAUGGAAGCUAUAUUGUUAAAAUGCCGUUUAAAAUAGACCCCCCAUGUUUAGGCGAGUCAAAAAGCAUUGCUACUAAAAGAUUUAAAUCACUUUGGCAACGUUUGAAGAGAGAACCAGAGUAUAGGCAACUAUACAGCGAAUUUUUAACUGAGUAUGAGAAUUUGGGGCAUAUGCAGGCAACUUGCGAAACUCCAAGGUAUAUUAUGCCUCAUCAUGGCGUUUUUAGGCCAGAAAGUAGUGCUACAAAAUUACGCGUUGUUUUUAACGCAUCAGAGGCAACGUCAUCUGGACAAUCGCUUAAUGAUAAUUUGUAUUCAGGAUCUGUUGUCCAAGAUGAUUUGUUUGCUAUUUUGUUGAGGUUUCGAAAACAUUCUAUAGUUUUCACCGCCGAUAUAAAAGAGAUGUAUCGUCAAAUUUGGAUACAUCCAGAUCAGUGUGAUUUACAAUGUAUUUUAUGGAAGGAUUUAGAGGAAGAGAAAUUACGUGUAUUUAAGUUGCUCACUGUUACCUACGGAACCAAAUGCGCUCCUUACUUGGCGACCAGAGUACUAAAACAAAUAUGCUGUGAUGAACAGAACAACUAUCCUUUAGCCGCUGCUGCUGGCAAAGAUUUUUACGUCGACGAUAUACUCAGUGGUACCGAGGAUUUAUCUUCUGCCAUUGAACUACAAAACCAGUUAAUACAAUUGUUAAAAUCAGCUGGUAUGGAGCUUCACAAAUGGAGCUCAAAUAAUCCUGUUUUGUUACAAAAUGUCCCACAUCGGACCGAGAAUACAAUUUCGAUAACCCCAACUCAGCAACUUUAA